AUGUCCGACACCCACCCCUCCCCAACCCGCAUCAUUAUCACCACCGAGCGUCUCCGCGUCUCGGCCGGCACCCAGUUCCUCCACCAACCCUCCUUCAUCCCGGACGCCAGCGUCGCGCUCUCUAACCCCUCCCGCUGGAAGAACGUCGUCCUCCCCCUCAUCGCUACCUACACCUUCCAACUCGGCUCCCUCCUGGACGUCGACUUCACGCGUGCACUGCUCGCCUGCCCCCAGCUCCCAAACCUCUACAAGGCCAUCACCUCCGUCAACUUCCCGCAGUUCUACCAAUUCGCCGGCAUCCGGGACAACCGCACUUCCAACCCGUACCUCGACUUCGUCAAGGCGAUUCCCAAUCUUGAGCAUCUGGCGUUGACGUUCCACUCCGCGGGUCUGACGGGCAGCGUGUACACGGAGAAAGAUCGGAUUGCCCUGGAGAACAACGGGAAGGUUGAGGAGAGCAAGGAGCUGAAGGUGCUCAAGAAGAAGGACGUGGUGGCGUUCUACAAGUUGGAUGAUGUUUUCGAGCUGAAGAGGACGAGGAUCAGCAAGGUGACGUGCUAUCUGAUCGACUCGGAGUUGGUGGGGCACUUUGUCAAGAAGGGGGCCGCGCUGGACGUCUUCGAGGAGUUCCAGGAUUACUUCGAGAAGGGCUUCAAGAAGGUGAAGCGUGAGAUCCAUGUCGAUCUCAUCGUGUGCCCGUUGCCCUUCACGGGCUAG